UCGUCUUUGAGCUCCUCGGCCCACACUGUCUGGACUCGCCUGGGCUCCUGGCAGACUGUUGUCUUGUUUUCCCAACUGCUGUCCCCGAUCCUGUUGUGUUCCCUCUCCCGCAGAGCCCCAAAAGGAUGUGAACUUUGGAAUGGGGUCUCUGAGCAGGUUGCGGACUCGGUGCGCGUGUGGGACUGUUGCUGAAUAACAGGAGGACCGGUUGCUUGCUGCGGGCAGCCCUUCUGUCUGGCUGCAGGGCACCAGCCUUGCCAGGGCCCUUCACCAUGUUCCUCCUGCUCCCCUUUGACAGCCUGGUUGUUAAUCUCUUGGGGAUUUCCAUAACUGUCCUCUUCACUCUGCUUCUGGUUUUCAUCAUUGUGCCAGCAAUUUUUGGAGUCUCCUUUGGCAUCCGCAAGGUUUACAUGAAAACUUUAUUAAAGAUUUUUCAGUGGGCAACACUGAGAAUAGAGCGUGGUGCCAAGGAGAAGAACCAUCCCUUAUACAAGCCCUAUGUCAAUGGUAUCAUUGCAAAGGAGCCGACAUCGCUGGAAGAGGAGAUCAAGGAGAUCCGCCGCAGUGGCAGUGGCAAAGCCCUGGACACCCCCGAGUUUGAGCUCUCAGAUAUCUUCUAUUUCUGCCGCAAAGGCAUCGAGACCAUCAUGGACGAUGAAGUGACCAAGAGGUUCUCAGCUGAAGAGCUGGAGUCCUGGAACCUGCUCAGCAGGACCAACUACAACUUCCAGUAUAUCAGCCUGCGCCUCACUGUACUCUGGGGACUGGGUGUGCUCAUCCGCUACUGCUUCCUUCUGCCCCUCAGGAUAGCCCUGGCGUUUACUGGCAUCAGCUUGUUGGUGACUGGCACUACAGUGGUGGGAUAUUUGCCAAAUGGAAGGUGUAAGGAGUUUCUGAGCAAGCACGUCCACCUGAUGUGUUACCGGAUCUGUGUGCGCGCCCUCACAGCCAUCAUCACCUACCACGACCGAGAAAACAGACCCCGAAAUGGAGGCAUCUGUGUAGCCAAUCACACGUCUCCCAUUGAUGUGAUCAUCCUGGCCAGUGACGGAUACUAUGCGAUGGUGGGUCAGAUCCACGGAGGGCUCAUGGGUGUGAUACAGAGAGCCAUGGUGAAAGCUUGCCCCCACGUCUGGUUUGAACGCUCUGAGGUCAAAGAUCGUCACCUCGUCGCCAAAAGGCUCACAGAGCACGUCCAGGACAAGAGCAAACUGCCUAUUCUUAUCUUUCCAGAAGGAACCUGCAUCAACAACACAUCUGUGAUGAUGUUCAAAAAGGGGAGCUUUGAAAUUGGAGCCACAGUUUACCCUGUAGCCAUCAAGUAUGAUCCACAGUUUGGAGAUGCCUUUUGGAACAGCAGCAAGUAUGGCAUGGUGACCUACCUCCUGAGGAUGAUGACCAGCUGGGCCAUUGUCUGCAGUGUCUGGUACUUGCCCCCAAUGACCAGGCAGCCCGAAGAGGACGCUGUCCAGUUUGCCAAUCGCGUGAAGUCAGCCAUUGCCAGGCAGGGGGGCCUUGUGGAUCUGCUCUGGGAUGGAGGACUGAAGAGGGAAAAGGUGAAAGACACGUUCAAAGAGGAGCAACAGAAACUCUACAGCAAAAUGAUUGUAGGCAACCACGAAGACCGGAGCCGCUCCUGAGCCCUCUGCCUCCAGCACUGUUACUGGGCCUGGCCAGAGCCCUCUGCCUCCAGCACAGGCCAUGACUUAGCUGAAGCAGCUCUGAAUUUUUGGACUUUGGCUACUCCAGAGCUACUUGGACUUGUUCCUUCGUCCUCUGGCUGUUCUUUCCUGGAGGCACUAUGACUGCCUAGAGUCUUCAGGCCCUGGGCAGCUCUUGGCAAAGAUGCCUUCUUGUUAUUGUUACGUUGAAGCACCUUGCAGG